AUGCCCCAUCCCCCUGGCGACCCCCGCGACCCCCGCGACUACUCCGCCAGCAGCAAGCCCAAGGGCAAGCGGCCCUCCUUCUCCAGCAGCGUCGAGCAGAACGCAGCCCAUGCUGUCAGAGCAUUCUCGGCAUGUCGCAACUGUCGCAACAAAAAGGUCAAAUGCAUGCCCGGCCCCCCUCUCCCCUCUGGCUCUGGCUCGCCCUCCUCCCUCGACAACCCCGGGGCCAACCUCGGCCCGUGCCAGCAGUGUACUCUGGCAGGCGCCGAGUGUACGUACCCGCCGACGAGGGACCGAGCAGCGUACAGCCGGCAGUAUGUUGCUAAUCUUGAAGCUCGAGUGCAGAGUCUCGAGACAAUCCAGGCCCGGGUCAUGCCCAUGCUCGAGUUUUUCGAGAGCAGCGCUAGAAGGGGAAGCUUUGGGCCUCUACCAAACCUGUCUGGGGGGUCUGUGGACGAGCACGAAGGUGAAGACGAAGGCGGGGAGCCACCAGACUCUGCCCACCUCACGUCGGACGUCGAGGAUGCUGGGCAGAUUACCACCGACGACAGGGGCAACUAUCGCUGGAUCGGCUCUUCCAACACCCUCUCUCUCCUCGACUCUUUCUCUGGCCGACCAACGCCCGGUCCUUCGCACUCUGCUCCUAUCCCAGUCGACACGCCUCCCAUAUCCAGCACGUCUCGCGAUGCCAACCCAUACUUUGGUCCGGUAGCUGGCUCGGGCGUAGUCAAGGCCCUGCCGGAUGUCGACCAAGUACAAUACCCGACAAGAGAAAAGGCCAUGGAGAUGAUUGAUGCUUUUUUUGAAGACGUCCAUCCGUGCUUGCCGUUACUGCUAGAGUUUGAGUUCAGGAGAGACUUUGGGUUGUUGAUGGAGGCGAGGAGGGGCGGUGAUUUGUCCUGGGGCGGUGGCUUUGUGUCUGUGCUGUUUGCAGUCUUUGCCCUGGGCGAGCGGGCUAUCGUCAACUCUCGAGCUUGGGCAAGGGAGACCGACAAGGCGCAAGAAGGUCUGGACGAUGGGCACGAGACUGUCCUCCCUGGUGAAGCCGAGGCCGGUGUCAUCUGGUACGAACGCGCCCAAAUCCUUCACUAUACAACUCUGAAAGACGUCAACAUCCACCAAGUACAAUGCCUCACCCUCCUUGCCACCUUCCAAGCCUCCGUCAACGCCAUGCCCAUGUCCUGGCUCCUGGCUGGCCAAGCUAUCCGCGUCGCCCAAGACUUGGGCUUGCACCGCUCCACCGCGCGCCUUCCCAUGCCUUUUCACGAGAAACAGCUCCGCUCAAGAUGCUGGUGGGCAAUCUAUGGUCUGGAGAGGAUGAUGUCCAUCUCCUUAGGCCGGCCGUUGGGCGUGGACGACCAGGAUGUGGAUGUGGCGUAUCCAGUGGAGAUUGAUGAUGCGACGCUGGAGACGGUUGGGUCGCAAGUGACGGGUACGCCUCAGGAUCUGGAGAGGGAGAAGGAAGGGGCGACGAUGAGUGGGUUUGUGGCUCUUACGAAACUCUGUAAAGUUGCAGGGAGGGUGGUGCAUCUGUUGUACCGCCCGUUGAAUGGGAGGUCGGUCAGUGAUCCGUCUUGGGUAAUGUCUCAGCAGAACGCUAUCAACAAGCUGGACAAGUUGUUGAGGGACUGGCUGGAGCAUGAUCCGUCGAAAUACAAGGACCCCUCAGCGACCCGCGAAGUGUCCAUGCUUUCUGCCAUCCUCUCCAACUCGUACUUUGCCAUUCUCAUCACCCUCCACCGCAACUUUCUCCCCUCCUCCCCCGAGUACCCUCGCCCCAAACCACCUCUUUCUUCACAAUCCCUAUCGCACUGCGUCGACGCCGCCCGUUCCGUCAUCCACAUCGCCUCCCAGAGCCGUACUCUCGUCCCACCUUCACACCAUCUCGCGGUGCAUGGGCAGUAUCUCUGGUCUUCGGCUGUGAUCUUGCUCUUGUGCGAAGUACAUGCGAGAGACCAAGUCGUGAUGGAAGCUGUCGGCUCACAAGUCGAAGCCGCCCGACGAUGUCUCCAAGCUCUCGAGCCUAUCUGGCCCGGUUCACGAAAACUCAAAGAACUCCUCAACGACGUCUCCUCCCGCGCUAAAGAAGUCGUCACGCACCCUCCCCUCGUUGAUCCGCGGGGCAAGAAACGGAAAUCGUCUUCUGGGAAGGAAAGGCAGAUGCCCCCGCCUUUGCAUACGCUGCAGGGCAAGUCGACGCCUUCUCCGGUCAUACCCCAGCUCCACAUGUCUGCUUGGCAGAGCUCGCAAGUUCCGGGGCCGGCGGAGAAGAGGCAGAGGCUGUAUGAGCUUUCUGAUGCGCGUACGCCGGCGAGGGAGGAUGAUGUCACUCCCCUCUCUGCGUCCUCCUCCCAGGCAUACUACCCUUUCCCGGCGUAUCACCUCCCUGCUACUCCAGCCAGACAGUCCUCCCUCCCAAUUGUCAACCAAGACAUGAUGACACCUUACGACAUGUCGUUCGACCUGGGCGGCGUCAAUUUCGAAGGGCUGGAGCUGCUGCAAGGGUUCUCGGGUGGUGCGGCCGGGUUUUGGAAUACGUUCUCGUAUGUGGAUGGGACGUAUCCGUCUGGAGGAGCAGAUAGUGGGCAGAGCUCGGCGCCGAUGUCGGCGAGUGCGAGUACGAGUGGGCAAUACAUGCCGAGUGGGGAGCAGUUGACACCUGGUUCGGCGUCAGGCUCUGGGGUGUCGCCGUCGGCGUGGCAAGGACAGGGGCAGGGACAGUUCCUGCAGACUCCCGGCGGGGGAAGUUAUGUCAACCAGGGUGAAGGGUACGUGUCUAGUGAUCAGACUGGGCAAGGGCAAGGCGGCCAUCAGGUGCAGGCGCAGGCGCAAGGGCAGGCUGCCUUUUGGGAACAAGUCACCGGGAGUACGUUUGAUUGGCAGGCAGAUCCAAAUGUGCCGUUUAACAUAUAA